AUGCUUGUCAAGACCAUCAUCGCUGUGGCUGCCAUGGCCGGCUCCGCCCUUGCUGGGUUCGAUAUCAAGACCGGACAGACUGAGUGGUGGUACACCGACGAUGCAGAGUCCACAUCUAUUGUCAACGCCCUUUCGAAAGCCAUUGACAGCUAUGAGGCAGCACUCGAGACUCAAGCUGAUGUGAAGAGCGCACAAGGCGCAUUCUACACAUAUGCACGAACACGCGACGGUAUUCCAGACAUUGUUACCGCAACAGGUACAUCUUACACACAGUACACCACGCUUCCUGACUGGUACACAGCCAUGCCAGCAGACGCGCUCAAAGUCUUCGAGAGCGUCCGCAAGGAGGAGGACAAAAUUUGGUCGAGCGUUGUUCCUAAGGCCGCAAGAACGAGCGGUAGCCAGGGCGCUGCGCCUCAAGUAACUGGCAUGGGUGUCUACGCUCACGGUGCCAUCGCCGCUGUUGUAGGUGCUGUUGCCGUUGCCUUGUAG